AUGGUUAAUGAUGACGUUGUAGAAGAUAAUUGUAAUUAUGUUGUAUGGGUAGACAUUGGUGAUGUUACUGAUAGUGAUAGUGACUACAUACCAACACCAAAACUAGUAGCCAAAUUUUUGCAAAAAACUUUAGCAAAAGCAUCCCAAGAAGAGGCAAAAGUAUGUAUCAUCCGUAAAAAAUGCCUUAGCAAGCCAGGACAGCUGACAAGUAUAGAUAAAUUUCCUAAAGGGACAAUUGCUUCGAGUCAAAAUGAAGAAUCUAACAAUUGUAAGCGAAUAACGCGGGAAAGGCAAGUAGCAAAAAAGGAGCUUACUCAGAUGAGUAUUGAUCAACCCCAUGACGAAAAUACAGGUCAACUAGACAAAAAAAUCACCAAAGAAAAUAAACUGUACACAACGAUACUUGACAAGCGACAGCGUCAAUCUUCACGCAUGCGUCAGCAGCAACAGCCGCGGGUCGUACAGCUAAUAUCCAGACGAGUACUUAAGGAAACAAAAUCAGACAAAAAAAUAAGUAGUGUCUCGACGCAUAAUAAUGGUGCUAUAACUCUGGAAACGAACGGUGUUGGCGUGCAAACAAUUAUAUCGCUGCCUGUAAUAAAUCCAAUAAAGAGUGGUGACACCAAGAACGAAAAGCAAGGACUAUCACAUGUUCCAAGAGAUAGUGGGUUGCGACUGCAUCAUAACCACCACAGCCACCAUCACCAUCGGCACCGUCGUCGUAUCAUUGUCGCACCGAAAGUGCCGAUCCGGAUCAACCCAGCAGUUGGUCAGGAGCUUGACCGUCUUGUCAUAGAAUUUAGCAAGCUGUGCAGUCUUGAGUUCGACCUUCCGUGCUACCACAAAGAAGCUCUUGAAAGCACAUGCCAAGAGAGGAGACUUCUGGCCUCAACACUGGCUGGCGUUACAAACGUGCCAUCGUCUGCUACUACUACCUGUGCCAUUACUGCUGAAUAUGCCAUUGAACGGCGAAAGAAGCUUGGAAAGAAACGCAAGGCCUUGGAACCCCUCGACGGAAAGCAGGAUUCUGGUUUGUUUCUAUUUAUGAAUAAUUCUUACUAA